AUGAGGCGAGCUGGCCUGCUGUCGCUGGCUGCUCCCUCUGUUCUUGCUCUUGUGCUUGCGCUGCAGCUGGCCUGGCUGCCGACGAGCGUGGAUGCGGCAGGCGCGUGCGGCGAUGUCGUGUUCCUCGUGGACGAGUCCGCCUCACAGAGCUCUGUGCCUUUCUUCGAAGCAAAGGCGUCCAUCUGGAGCAUUUACCAGCAGCUGCAAGACACAGAGGCCCGGUUUGCGGUCAUCACGUUUGAUAACGACGCCAUCACCCAGAUAGGGUUCAAUAAUGACACCAACUUCUUCCAGCGCCUCCUGGCCAUCGACCCGCGCGAGCGCACCACCGUGUUUGCUGCCGCCUUUGACGCAGCAAGUGACGCGCUGAUUGCGCGGAACACCAGCAUUCGGCCUGGCCGCGUCGUGCUCUUUACGGACGGGCUCACCUUCGAGGACAGCGGGCCGCUGCGAACAGCAAUCGCACGCAUCAUCAGCGUGGCCAGCAGCGUCCACGUCCUUGCGGCGGGCGAGCACCUGCGCUUCGCGGUCAUCAACAACGUCACGCAGGACGAACCCGACACCGUGUUUCGCCCAGCAACAGAGGAUGACCUCGUGGCGAACCAGCACAUCCACAUCAACAAGCACCUCAACCUCCACAUCAACUUCAACAAGCACAAGCAUAUCAACCUCAUCCAGUACAAGCACCAGCACGAGCACGAGCACGAGCACGAGCACAUCAACGUCCGCGAGCACGUCUACGUCGACCUCCACGUCGACCUCCACUUCCACCUCUACCUCCACAAGCACAAGCACAAGCACAAGCACAUCGACCUCCACCUCUACCUCAACAUCGACAUCGACAUCGACAUCGACAUCGACAUCUACGUCGACAUCCACUUCCACGUCCACGAGCACAAGCACGUCCACGUCCACCUCCACCUCUACAUCGACAUCGACAUCGACAUCGACAUCGACAUCGACAAGCACGUCCACGUCCACAUCCACAUCCACCUCUACCUCUACCUCCACUUCCACGUCCACCUCAACAUCCACAAGCACAAGCACAAGUACAUCCACCACAACAAGCACGAGCACGUCUACGUCGACCUCAACGAGUACCAGCACAUCAACUUCCACCUCCACCUCAACCUCCACAUCAACAAGCACAAGCACGUCUACGUCCACGUCCACCUCGACCUCCACUUCAACAUCCACAAGCACGAGCACAUCAACAAGCACAUCGACGAGCACAUCGACAUCGACAAGCACAAGUACGUCCACCUCCACCUCCACCUCCACCUCUACCUCAACAUCGACAUCGACAUCGACAUCGACAUCGACAUCUACGUCGACAUCCACUUCCACGUCCACGAGCACAAGCACGUCCACGUCCACGUCCACGUCCACGUCCACCUCCACCUCCACAUCGACAUCGACAUCGACAUCGACAUCGACAUCGACAUCGACAUCGACAAGCACGUCCACGUCCACAUCCACAUCCACCUCUACCUCUACCUCCACUUCCACGUCCACCUCAACAUCCACGAGCACGUCCACGAGCACAAGCACGUCCACGUCAACGUCCACCUCAACAUCUACCUCCACGUCGACAAGCACAAGUACGUCUACGUCCACCUCAACGUCCACCUCUACCUCUACAUCGACUUCAACAAGCACCUCUACCUCCACCUCGACCUCCACCUCUACCUCCACCUCGACCUCUACCUCUACCUCCACCUCAACGUCCACAUCGACGUCGACAAGCACAAGUACGUCUACGUCCACCUCAACGUCCACCUCUACCUCUACAUCGACAUCUUUAUCAACAAGUACGAGCACCAGCACCAGCACAUCAACGUCCACCUCCACAUCGACAUCGACAUCUACGAGUACAUCAACCUCCACGAGCACGUCAACCUCCUCCUCUUCUUCUUCAUCAUCAUCUUCAUCGUCGUCGUCGUCGUCGUCGUCAUCAACGCGGCCACACACUUCCACAACGCGAACCCGCACACGCACGACGACAAGGCGAACGACGCGCCCCAGAACCACCACAACAACGACCCGUCCCGUGAAUGUGUGCGACGGAGACACGCCAACGCUUGA